GGUGGCAGCUGCGGAGGCUCUGGCAGCUCGGGACUGAGUGCAAGUAACAAAAUCACCAUGAUUCUUCAGAGGCUCUUCAGGUUUUCCUCUCUCAUUCGGUCUGCAGUCUCAGUUCAUUUGAGGAGGAACAUUGGUGUUACAGCAGUGUCAUUUAAUAAGGAACUUGAUCCUGUACAGAAACUCUUCGUGGACAAGAUUAGAGAAUACAGAACUAAGCGACAGGCAUCUGGAGGACCCACUGAUACUGGCCCAGAGUACCAGCAAGACCUAGAGAGGGAGCUUUUUAAGCUUAAGCAAAUGUAUGGUAAAGCAGACAUGAAUAGGUUCCCAGACUUCAAAUUUGAAGAUCCUAAAUUUGAAGUCAUCGAAAAACCCCAGUCCUGAAGAAAGAAUGUAAACUUUAUUUGGUAAUUUGUCCUAUAUUAGUUGUACAACUGUAUCAGAAUAAACAUACAUUUCUCAGCUGUCAAGUGUUCUUUUAGUUCUGAUUCCAAAUAAAUUAUUUGGUGAU